UGAAAAGCAAUUCAUUAUUACAGUUUUCUGUCUGUUUCUUUUAUACUAUUGUUUUAGGGUUUACUUUUGUUUUUUUAUUUUUGUCUAAAAAACCUUAACCAGGUUUGCUUUGAUUUUACCUUUGUGUCUUUACCCUGGAGCGAGAUCUCCGGCGAAAUAUCCGACUAGGUCAAAGAGUAUUAUGUUUGCUGGACAAAUUCUGUUCCCGUUUUGCAAUCUUUUCAGGUUGUGUAACAUUGGUGUUUUCUCUGAAGGAAGCCUAUUCAAUUUACCCUGCUGGAAGUAGCUAUGCUACCCACUGGAGCAAAAGACUCCCAACUCCGUGAGAGCAACAGUCAGAAAGUCCACCCACAACCCAUGGAAGAGGCCAUGAAUCAGAAGCCAGAAGCUGUGGAAGCCCUGAUAUCCAAGAUUUUUACGAACAUCUCCUCUUUGAAGUCAGCUUACAUCCAGCUUCAAGCUGCUCAUACUCCCUAUGACCCUGAAAAAAUCCAAGCUGCUGAUAAACAAGUAAUUUCUGAGUUGAAGAACCUAUCUGAACUCAAGCACUUUUACAGGGAGCACAACCCCAAAUCAGUAUGUGCUUCUCCACAGGAUUCUCGCUUAGCUGCGGAGAUCCAAGAACAACAGAGUCUGCUGAAAACCUAUGAGGUUAUGGUGAAGAAAUUUCAGUCUGAAAUUCAGAACAAAGAUUCUGAGAUUAAUCAGUUGCAGCAGCAGAUUGAGGAGGCAUGCCAGAGGCGGGGAAAACUGGAAAAGAAUCUUAAGCUGAGGGGCUUGUCAACAAAAGAAUCUGAAAGUUCUACAGAUGAAAAUGGAUUUUUCCCUGUAGAUCUAACCCCCGAUCUGUUUACAUCUGCUGUAGAAGCUGCUUUCAAAGCCAUUCAUGAUUUUUCUAAGCCAUUGAUCAACAUGAUGAAAGCAGCUGGGUGGGAUCUCGAUGCUGCAGCUAACUCAAUUGAACCUAAUGUCGUUUAUGCAAAGAGAGCUCAUAAAAAGUAUGCUUUUGAGUCUCAUAUAUGCCAGAGAAUGUUCAGUGGGUUUCAGCAAGAAAGCUUUGCCAUCAAAUCAGACAAUCUAACGGUCACUACAGAUGGCUUCUUCAAACAGUUUCUUGCUCUAAGGGAGAUGGAUCCGUUGGAUGUACUAGGGCAAAAUCCAGACUCGAUUUUUGGGAAAUUUUGCAGGAGCAAGUACCUAGUGGUGGUUCACCCAAAAAUGGAGGCAUCCUUCUUUGGAAAUCUUGAUCAGCGAAAUUACGUAAUGGGGGGUGGACAUCCAAGGACCCCUUUUUACCAAGCUUUUCUAAAACUGGCAAAAUCCAUCUGGCUUUUACAUAGGCUGGCUUAUUCGUUUGAGCCCAAUGUCAAGGUAUUUCAGGUUAAGAGAGGGAGUGAGUUUUCAGAGGUUUAUAUGGAUAGUGUUGUGAAGAAUUUGAUAAUGGAUGAAAGUGAUCAAAAGCCCAAGGUUGGACUAAUGGUUAUGCCUGGUUUUUGGAUUGGGGGCAGUGUGAUUCAGAGUAGAGUUUAUCUCUCAGGCAUGAAGGUUGCUGAAUAACUCAAGUGUGUCUAUGCUAAUCUUUGUCCAGAUGUGUAUGUUGUGUGUUUAAUAUGGCCUGUUGUCUUUUCCUAUUAUAUUAUCUUAUGUAAUUGUUAUUGCUGGUUGUUUGUUGAAAGGAGCUUCCUUUUGUUUAUAACGAUGUGAGUUAUUGUAGAAGUAGAUGUAGUAAUUUGUUUAGCUAAUCUUAUAAGUGCUACUUGAACAUCACCUUGGGAGAAGGAAAUUCCCUUUCACUGUUCA